CGUCUCAUCCGCAGGACGGUACCUGUUUACAGCCCAGUGUCCCCAUCACUAUACUGGGGCAUCAGGACCCACACAGACCGCAGGGUGUGUCCAGGGCCAGCUGGGAGUUUCGGGGUGACAUUGUCGAUCUCGUCCCCGACAGAGCGCGGCUUCAUUCGGAUGGACAGCGCCAACUACGGCCGCGCCGAUCACGCCACCUGCAGCGAAGGCCGCCCCCCCCAGCAGCUGGCCAACGCCCAGUGCUUCCUGCCCAGCACGCUGGCCGUCAUGUCCCAGCGACUCUCAUUCUGCUCGUUCUGUGCUUUCCCAGAGAGAAGCGUCACUUGCGAAGGAGGGACUGCCGAGCUCGACUGUGGGGACAAGGCCAUCCGGAUCGAAAACGCCAACUACGGACGCCGGGACCGCUACCUCUGCAGCAGUGGCCGGCCCGCAGACCAACUGACCAACGUCCAGUGUGUCCUGUCCGGGACGCUCGGCCUCCUGAGGAAGAGGUGCGAUGGGAACACACAGUGCACGGUCCCGGCUACUAACGACGUGUUCUCGGACCCCUGCGUCGGCACCUAUAAGUACCUGGACGUCACGUACACCUGCAGCCCGUGGUGAGUACGGCUUCCAGCUUCCUGACCCCGAGGCAGACCUCCGUAUACCACCCACAGCACACAGGUCGCAAGGCACCUGUCACAUGACCUGGGACACAGGGGUCGCAUUAGAACCCGUCACAUGACACGGGACACAGGGGUCGCAUUAGAACCCGUCACAUGACCUGGGACACAGGGGUCGCAUUGGAACCCGUCACAUGACCUGGGACACAGGGGUCGCAUUAGAACCCGUCACAUG